UCUGGAGAGAAUACGGAAAAAGAGUCCAAAUACUCCCAUCCAUAUUUUCUCCAAAUUUUGAAUACGGAGAAAAUCUGGAAAUUUGAAUCUACGGAAAUCUGGAAUGAAUGCGGAAAAUUAGUCCAAAUACUCCCGUCCGCAUUUUCUCCUUAUUUUGAAUAUGGAAAAUAUAUGGAGAUCUGAGGUGCGGGCUUAUCAUUGAUUCUGUGGAAUUUAAGGUCUUUCUUACUGAUGAGAAGGUAUCAAAAAUUAUGACAUUAUGUUCAGAGAUUUUACAUGAGCAAAUUGUUCCAAUUCGUAAAUUUGCAUCCUUGAUUGGUCUUAUUGUUCAUGCAUUCAAUGCUAUAUUUGUUGGACCUUUGCAUUAUAGAAAUUUGGAAAGAGACAAAAUCAAAAGUCUUAAAAAUUCUAUAGAUUAUGAAUCAGAAAUGGUUAUUUCAGAAAAUAGUGUUCAGGAAAUAACGUGGUGGUUACAUAAUAUUGAAAAACUCAAUGGGAAAUUAAUUCGCAACCCAUCAGUUGACUACUGGGUUGAAACUGAUGCAUCCCUUCAAGGUUGGGGAGCAAGUUUUGAGGAUAAAUCUACUGGAGGCCGUUGGUCUGUUUUAGAAUCUAAGAUGCAUAUUAAUGAAUUGGAACUUAGAGCUAUUCAGUUUGCAGUCAGAGCUCUUUUUGCAAGCUAUUCAAACUGUCAUAUUGGUAUUAAAUCUGAUAACACUACUGCAGUUGCUUAUAUUAAUUCCAUAGGUGGAAUGACUUCUGAAUCCCUUGAUUCUGUUGCGAUUCAAAUUUGGAACUGGUGUUUAGACAAAAAUAUCAUUAUUUCAGCUAAACAUAUUCCAGGAGUGGAAAAUGUAAAAGCAGAUUUUCUUUCAAGACAAUUCUCAGAUUCUAAAGAAUGGAUGUUAAAAUCCGAUAUUUUUAUUCGAAUUUGUCAUCAUUUUUUCUUUCCUGACAUUGAUUUGUUUGCAUCAAGACUUAAUGCACAGUUAAGCAAUUUCAUUUCUUGGGUAUAUGAUCCAGAUGCUGCCGAUACUGAUGCUUUUUCCCUGAAUUGGACCAAUUUAAAACCAUAUAUUUUUCCUCCCUUCAGAUUAAUAGGGAAAAUAAUAAAUAAAAUCAUUUCAGAUAAAGUAGAGGAGGCUAUUGUAAUCAUUCCUUUAUGGAGAACUCAAAGUUGGUUUCCAAUGUUAAUUUCAUCUUUAAUUUCUGUUCCCGCCAGGUUACCAAGGCACAAGGAUCUCUUGAUCAUGCCGCAUACCGGAGAGUUUCAUCCCAUGGGGAACAGCAGCAUCCCUGGCAUAUAACGCUGGCACCUCCAUGAAGGAAAUUAUGGAUACAGCUAACUGGCCCUCUGCAAAGACUUUCCAUGCGCAUUAUUUAAAAGAACUUCCUGUGCAGAAUUCCUUUGUGAAAAGUGUGUUGGACAAUAAUAUGAAAAGACAGUGAUUUAAGUGAAGUUUUUCCUUUUUGUGUAAAUAAACGGCUGAUAUCAUUUCUUUUGAUUAAACAUUCAAUGUGUUUAUAAAAUAUUUCUUGUUGUGUUUGUUAUUUUGUGACAACACU